AUGAUGAACGUCGCUACUUCCUCUAUCAGCUACGACCCAAUGUUCUGCCUUGAAGAGCACCUCGAAUAUUUCAACGCCAGUGUGGCUCAGAAACUGAAGCAUUCCACCACUGAUUUCGAUGAAAUCUUUGGUAGCGGGCUUUUGGUUCCCUGCCCUGUUCCUCAGUCCCCAACCCAGGAGCAAGUCUUGUUGCCUCGCCCAGUCUCUCCACCCUCCUCUCCUUCCGUGCCAACAAUGACGACAGCAUCGACGCCUCCCCCUGCCCUCAAGCCAGUGGUAUCGAGCGAAGUUGUCCGAUGCCCCAAUCCCAUUCUUCUUGCCAAGCCCACCACCACCAAGGGAGUGAAGCGAGAACACGCCGUGGUUUCCCCCACCACCGUCACCUCCACAUUCUCCGGAGACAGUGUCUCCCCUCCUCCGGCCAAAAAGUCCCGCAAGCGAACUGUUUCCUCCGAGACUGAAACCACUUCCCGCAGUGUGGACACCAAUGAUAAGGAAGAUGUUCGACGUGAACGCAACCGCCAACACGCCAAGCGCAGCCGUCAACGCAAGCGUGAAUUCGUCAACUCUUUGGAAGGAGCCGUCCAAGAACUCAAGGCCGAGAACGAACGCAUGUUGACCCUGUUGGGUCUUUCGGCCAACCACGAUCUGGUCCAACGACAAGAACAAAACCGAGCCGAUGCUGGCAAUGAAAGCUUCAUUGCCGCCCUGCAGCAGAACCGAGUUCUCAGCGACGAUGCACUGGUAUCUCUUCGCGAGUUGUUCCAGUCAUAA